AGAGACAUGAAGGAGACGCAUAAAGAUUGAAGAAGAUAAGUGCUGAGCUAGGGUUCUGAUAAAAAGAGCAAAAAUGGAGUUUGCAAACGAACGAAAAGAAAGCGAUAACAAGAACUCUAGCAGUGGCCAAAUUAUCAACGACCCCUCUUCAAAUUCCCUCUACGCAGCACCAACCGAUAAUGCGGAGGAUAGAGAACGACAAGCUCGCGAUCUUAAAGCAGGACUUCAUCCUCUCAAGCACAAGUUUGUUUUUUGGUAUACCCGACGCACCCCUGGAGUCCGUACUCAAACAUCAUAUGAAGACAACAUUAAGAAAAUUGUGGACUUCAGUACAGUUGAAGCAUUUUGGGUCUGUUAUUGUCAUCUAACUCGUCCUGCUUCUCUACCAAGCCCAACUGAUUUGCAUCUUUUCAAGGACGGAAUUCGCCCCCUUUGGGAGGAUUCUGCGAAUUGCAAUGGUGGAAAAUGGAUAAUACGAUUCAAGAAAGCUGUCUCAGGCCGCUUUUGGGAGGAUUUGGUUAUGGCCUUAGUGGGUGAUCAACUUGAUUAUGGAGAAAACAUAUGUGGUGUUGUGCUAAGUAUUCGAUUUAAUGAAGACAUACUAAGCGUAUGGAACCGUAAUGCAUCUGAUCAUCAGGCUGUGAUGGCAUUAAGAGAUGCAAUAAAGAGGCAUUUGAAACUUCCCCACAGCUAUAUGAUGGAAUACAAACCUCACGAUGCAUCACUGCGCGACAACUCAUCUUAUCGCAACACAUGGUUGAGGGGAUGAUGAUGAUGAUGAGAGGUCGGUCCUUUUUCUCGAGGAGAAUACCAUCAUCUUGAUUAGCGAUAAAGUUGAAUCUUAUUGGGAGGAGUACCCUACCAUCUUCUUCUCUAGUUAUCUUACAACACCAUAGUUGGCAUCUUCUGUUGUACCCAUCUUGUGAUUGACUGGAGUUUGGUUUCAGUUCACUUAGGUGGAGUAUUUUAUUCUUCUUUUUUGGACAGAUUAACAGUAUUCAUUUUAGACAUAUUUCUUGCCAAUUUAUUUUUAUUUUUCUAAUUUAGUGGACACAUGAAAACAAGCUCACCCUCUAGUUAAUGCUACCUCCUGGAUUUCA